GUCGUCUGCCCGACCGUGAAUUCACACAAACAUGUCCAGCCCCGUCCUUUCCGUUUCCCGUUUUUGGCUAAAUGUCGGCAGACAGACGAGAUUCAAACCCCUGUCAGCCACGAGAGCGCAAUUACCCGUCAAUUUCGCCCAUCUGACGGGCGUAGGACGCCGUUAUAACGCCGGAGAAGACGGAAAACUGCAGAAGGAACCCGGGGAGAACAACGGCCUCCAUGUCUCCUCGUCUCUGUCAAAUGCUUCCAGAAUAUUCCGGGGAAUUUCGCCCGAGUGGAGAGGGCUCUGUCAUGGCCCCUGGGGGAAUUACAGGUUUUUGUCCCAGGUUACAGCACGCGCUUACUGUUCACAGCAUGGAAGUGGAGAAGAAGGUGCAGCAAGUGGAGGGAAUGGCAAUGGACAGAAGCAGGGUGAUGGAGAUGACGGCCCAAUGAUAAUGAACCUUCCAGCCACGAUGAGUGUGCCAGAGGUUUGGCCCAAUGUACCUGUUAUUGCCAUCAACAGAAACCCAGUGUUUCCACGUUUCAUAAAAAUAAUUGAGAUAUCAGACAAAGAGCUAAUGGACCUUAUAAGGAGGAAAGUCCGUUUAAAUCAGCCAUACGCUGGAGUUUUCAGAAGAACAAUGAAAGGUGAUGAAUCUGACGAGAGAGAGGUUGUUGACACAAUAAGCGAGCUUCAUUCCAUAGGAACGUUCGUUCAGAUCCACGAAUUGCAAGACAUGGGCGACAAGUUGCGCAUGAUUGUUAUGGCUCACCGACGCAUCAGCCUUACAGAUGUUUUGCACGACGAGCCGUUAGAAGAGGAUCAGAUCUUGGCAGAAAAGGGACAGGCAAAUGUUGAGCUACGACUACCACCCUUCAACACACCUUUUACAGUGACCCUCGAAGAGCCGCCAAACCCAGAGAACGAGGACAGCAAGUUGCGAAGGCUGCUGCGCAGGAGACGGAAGACCUCCACCGACGAAGCCAAGGCAGAAACUGUGCAAAGUUCUGAAAAUAUUGAGGGUACCCCGACUGUAGAUGCUUCCACGCAAACACCUCCUACUCCAAAGAGAGUCCUCCUAGCACAGGUGGAAAACAUCACUCAUGAUAAGUUCCAGACAACAGAGGAAGUAAAGGCCUUAACACAAGAAAUAAUCAAGACAAUUCGCGACAUCAUCGCUCUGAAUCCCCUGUAUAGGGAAAGCGUCCAACAGAUGAUUCAACACGGACAGAGGGUCGUCGACAACCCGGUGUAUUUGGCAGAUCUGGCGGCCUCCUUAACGUCCGCCAAUUCAUACGAACUGCAACAGGUGUUGGAGGAAACUCAGAUUCCCAAACGUUUGAUGAUGGCGCUUUCUUUACUGAAGAAGGAAUAUGAGCUCAGCAAACUGCAGGCCUCAAUCGCAAAGGAGGUAGAAGAAAAAGUCAGGUCACAGCACAGGAAAUAUAUGCUCCAGGAACAACUGAAAGUGAUCAAGAAAGAACUGGGAAUUGAAAAGGAAGACAAAGAUGCCAUCGAGGAGAAGUUCCGUGCAAGACUAAAGGAAAAAGAAGUCCCCAAGGCUGUUCAAGAUGUCAUUGAUGAGGAACUGAACAAGCUGGGCUUCCUUGACAACCACUCGUCAGAAUUCAACGUCACCAGAAACUACCUGGACUGGCUGACGAUGCUUCCGUGGGGAAUCACUUCGCAAGAGAAUCUCGAUCUGGAAACGGCCCGCAAGAUUCUGGACGAAGACCACUACGGAAUGGAGGAUGUUAAGAAGAGAAUCUUAGAGUUUAUCGCUGUUGCACAGCUUCGAGGCACUACGCAAGGGAAAAUUCUUUGCUUCCAUGGACCUCCAGGUGUUGGCAAGACCAGCAUAGCACGGUCUAUUGCCCGUGCCCUGAAUAGAGAGUAUUUCAGAUUCAGUGUUGGAGGUAUGACAGACGUAGCGGAAAUCAAAGGUCACAGGAGGACUUAUGUUGGAGCAAUGCCUGGAAAAUUGAUUCAGUGUCUGAAGAAGACCAAGACAGAAAAUCCCGUCGUGCUGAUCGACGAGGUGGAUAAAAUCGGCAAGGGCUAUCAGGGCGAUCCUUCUGCUGCGUUGCUCGAGCUCCUUGAUCCGGAACAAAAUGCCAAUUUCCUUGACCAUUACCUAGAUGUCAAUGUAGACCUUUCCAAGGUGUUAUUUAUUUGCACUGCCAAUGUACUGGACACCAUACCAGAGCCCCUACGGGAUAGAAUGGAGAUGAUUGACGUCUCUGGUUACGUAGCUGAAGAGAAGCUGGCCAUUGCUAACACCUACCUCAUUCCAACUGCACAAAAGCUUUGUGGAAUUUCUCCUGAAAAGCUGAAACUAGAAGACAAGGCGAUCGACAGGCUAAUAAGACAGUACUGCCGUGAGAGUGGCGUACGACACUUGCAGAAGCUCAUCGAGAAGAUAAUGAGAAGAGUGGCAUACAACAUUGCCUGCGGCGAGAAGGAGAACAUCAGCGUUGAGGCAGAUAACUUGGAGACAUUUGUCGGGAAACCCAAGUUCAGUCACGAUCGGAUGUACGAUGCGACUCCACCAGGUGUUGUUAUGGGCCUAGCAUGGACUGCUAUGGGUGGUUCGACCCUGUAUAUCGAGACAACGGGUCGCGCUGUCGAAGGAGACCGAGAGGGCAGCUUUGAAACGACUGGUCACCUGGGAGAUGUCAUGAAGGAGUCAACGAGAAUUGCCUUUACCUAUGCAAAGCAGUUUGUUGCCGAGAAAUUUCCAGACAGCACUUCACUGUUGAAAUCUCACAUUCAUCUUCAUGUUCCAGAGGGAGCAACGCCAAAAGAUGGCCCUAGCGCAGGUGUUACCAUCGUGACGGCCUUAGUAUCGCUCGCUCGGGGAAAACCGAUUCGGCAGAACAUUGCGAUGACCGGAGAGUUGUCGCUAACGGGUAAAGUUCUUCCAGUCGGAGGAAUCAAGGAAAAGACAAUUGCGGCAAAACGUGUUGGAGUGAACUGCAUCAUCUUACCGGAGGAAAACAGGAAAGACUUUAGCGAUUUGCCAGAGUUCAUAACGGAAGGUUUGGAAGUCCACUUUGCUAACCAGUACGCCGAUGUCUAUAAGGUUGCCUUUCCUGAAUAAUUCCUGACACAAAAGAAUAUGUACAAAAGCCUCCUAUGUAAAAAUUUACUUUUCAUCUCUAGUUGUGAAUAAGAAGAGUUAUAUUUUGUCAUAAUGUUAUGCAGCUUGUGAUAUGUGGUUGGAUGCAAGUGAUAUUAGUGUUAAUAAAUGUUAUAGUAUUGUUCAUUAUCAUA